AUGAAGAAGCUGCGAAAUGCUGCUGCUGCUGUGCUUGGUGGGCUAGCCGCCUGGUUGGCAAGUCCACCGGAGGAGCUGCUGUUCUGUGGCCUGCGCCGCGCGCAGCCGGCAUCGGUUUGCAGGCGAGACAGGAGCUGCCGCCGGGCGAGCGAGGAAGUCAUUGUUUCUUUCGACCUGGACGAUACUUUGUGGCCCAUCGUGGAGGUGGUGAAUCAGGCAAAUGCACAGAUCGCCAGGGACCACAAGCUUCUACCCGCAGAUGAGGUGCCCACGCAAGUGACUGAAACAUGCCCACUGUUUGCUGUUUGCCCAGAGCUGGGUCAGCUGGAAGGUGAUGGAGGCAAUGCGCCGCAUCCGAUCUACACCAGCGGGGGCGAAUGCCAGUUACGUCAGCUUACGUUGCCAGGCUUAUGA